AUGGUAAACGAAGCCGUCUCAAAAGCUGAGUCAUAUAUUGGCGACUCUCGGCUCAGGCAUGACAACGUUCCCUUAAUUGUUUUUUCACCACGUUAUGUCGCUUUCGUCAAACUUUCUCGCGAGAUUAUUCUGGCCUCUAGGAGGUUAAUAUUGCUUUCCAACGAUUCGGCAAACCGAUGUUCACCUGGGUUUCGUGCUCUAAACCGGGUUCUAACAUUGAACUGCUGGAAGAAGCCUCGCGCCCACAGGGAGAAGUGGCCCAUCAACAUGCCGCCUGAGAUUGUUCAGAUGAUUCUUCGUGAACUGGAACCGCAAGAUACCGUUGCAUUUUCGCAGACAUCUUUCGUUGCUGAGCAUUGCUACUAUUCUUCGGAAUCCCGGUUCAAGAGCAUCGAGGUGCUCAGUUUGAAGUCCUCUAUACCUUGCUGUGGCAAGCGCACUGGACUGGAGACGCAUGAUUAUACCAUUCUUUUUGACCGCUUCUUCUCUGGACUAGCUUAUGGCUUGGAAGAUAGCUCCUAA